UCGGAAAGGCUCGGGGACUCCGGACCUAGUUUCCAUCUUCGCACUCUGCCUGGGCUGCGUGCGUCCCGAGCUAAUUCAGGAGUCGAAUUUAGAGCCAACGGUUUAGCUCCGGGAGUUAGUUCUGCGGGCGUGGAUGUCCUUCACAGGGUCAUGUCAGGGUGCGUCUCCAAAAGUCCAGAUCCUUCAGCCCCUUACCCCACCCCCUAGCCUUCGCUUGCCCAGCUGAUGGCCAGCAGGUGUGCGGUCCGUAGACCACCCGGCAGUCAGAGGGCGAAGUGGGCCCUGCACUUGUCUCUGUUCCGGCAACACCUGACACCGCACUGGGGCGCAUCCAACAAACCCCAUGAAUCCGAACAUCCUCGUCGGAAGUGUCCCAAGUUCGAGUGUGGUCCGACCGUCCCUUCCCGCGUCGACCCUGGAAGCCUCUUGUACUAGGUCUUUCCCUGUGGACCCAAAGGGGCGCGCGCUGCGGUGCGCGGGAUCCGCCUCUUCCCCAGGCUCCGGCGGGGCGGGGGUGGGUAGGCAGGGACCUGGAUCUGAUUACUGGGAGUGGGAAGCCGUGGUCCCAACCGUUCGCUCUGGUCUCCCCAGCUCCUCGAGGAGGAGGAGGGACGGUGCAGAGAAGAAGGACGCGGGGGUGCCAUCACUGAGCACCCGGGCCGCGACCUGAGCCGCCGCGGUCUCCCGGCUGUCGCCUGGCCCUCGCCCCGCGCCCAGCCAUGGGGCCCCCUUCCAGCUCUGGCUUCUACGUGAGCCGCGCGGUAGCCCUGCUGCUGGCCGCGCUGGCCGCCGCGCUCCUCCUGGCGCUGGCUGUGCUCGCCGCCCUGUACGGGCGCUGCGCGCGCGUCCCGCCGUCCCAGCUCCCUCCCCGCGGGGCCCCGGACGCCGCGCCGUCCCCGCGGGGCCCGCUGCCCACCUGGCAGCCCCGCCCCACUCGUGAACCGGCGGUGACCGCCACCCCGGGCAAAUGGCGACCCCCGGGCCCCUGGGACCAGCUGCGCCUGCCGCCCUGGCUCGUGCCGCUGCAUUAUGAGCUGGAGCUGUGGCCCCGGCUGCGCCCGAACGAGUUCUCGUCUCCGACGUUGAGCUUCACCGGCCGCGUGAACAUCACCGUGCGCUGCACCGUGGCCACAGCGCGGCUCCUACUGCACAGCGUCUUCCUGGACUGUGAGAGCGCCGAGGUGCGGGGUCCUCUGUCCUCCGGCCCCCGAGACGGCACGGUGGGCCGCGUGCCCGUGGACGACGUGUGGUUCGCCUCCGACAUGCAGUAUGUGGUGCUGGAGCUCGGCGGGACCCUGCAGCCCGGGAGCCGGUAUGAGCUGCAGCUCCGCUUCUCGGGCCUGGCAUACCAGGACCUCCGGGAGGGGCUCUUCUUCAGCGUCUACACGGACCAGGGUCAGCGCAGGGCCUUGUUAGCAUCUCAGAUGGAGCCAACAUUUGCCAGAAGCGUUUUUCCUUGUUUUGAUGAGCCAGCUUUAAAGGCAACCUUUAAUAUUACAAUUAUUCAUCAUCCCAGCUAUGUGGCCCUUUCCAAUAUGCCAAGGCUAGGUCGGUCUGAAAAAAGAGAUGUGAAUGGAAGUAUCUGGACCAUUACCACGUUUUCCACCACACCCCACAUGCCAACUUAUUUAGUCGCGUUGGCCAUAUGUGACUAUGACCACAUCAACAGAACUGAAAGGGGCCAGGAGAUACGCAUCUGGGCCCGGAAAGAUGCCAUUGCAAAUGGAAAUGCAGAUUUUGCUUUGAAUAUCACAGGUCCUAUCUUCUCUUUUCUGGAAGAGUUAUUUAAUAUUAGUUACCCUCUUCCUAAAACAGAUAUAAUUGCCUUGCCUACUUUUGACAACAGUGCAAUGGAAAAUUGGGGACUAUUGAUAUUUGAUGAAUCAUUAUUGUUGAUGCAACCAAACGAUCAAGUAACAGACAAAAAGGCUGUGAUCUACUUCAUUCUCUCCCACGAGAUCGGACAUCAGUGGUUUGGAAAUUUGGUUACCAUGAAUUGGUGGAAUGAUAUCUGGCUCAAAGAAGGUUUUGCAUCUUAUUUUGAAUUUGGAGUAAUUAACUACUUUAAUCCUCAAUUCCGAAGAAAUGAGAUCUUUUUUUCUAACAUUUUACAUCAUGUCCUCAGUGAAGAUCACGCCCUGGUGUCUAGAGCUGUGUCCUUGAAGGUGGAAAAUUUCACAGAAACCAGUGAAAUAAAUGAGCUCUUUGACUUAUUUACUUACAACAAGGGAGCAUCUUUGGUCCGAAUGCUUUCUAGCUUCCUGAAUGAGAAUUUAUUUAUCAGUGCACUAAAGUCAUACUUGAAGACAUUUUCUUACUCAAAUGCUGAGCAAGAUGAUCUAUGGAGGCAUUUUCAAAUGGUUGUCGACAGCCAGAGUAAAAUUCUUUUGCCAGCACCAGUAAAAAGCAUAAUGGACCGUUGGACACACCAGAGUGGUUUUCCAGUCAUCACCUUGAAUGUAUCCACUGGCGCCAUGAAACAGGAGCCAUUUUAUCUUGGAAAGGUUAAAAAUCAGACUCUCCUGACCCACAAUGACACAUGGAUUGUACCUAUUCUUUGGAUAAAAAAUGGAAUCACUCAGUCUCUAGUUUGGCUAGAUAAAAGCAGCAAAACAUUUCCUGAAAUGCAAAUUUCAGAUUCUGAUCAUGACUGGGUGAUUCUCAAUUUGAAUAUGACUGGCUAUUACAGAGUUAACUAUGAUAAAUUAGGUUGGAAAAAGUUAAAGCAACAGCUGGAAAAAGAUCCUAAGGCCAUCCCUGUUAUUCACAGACUGCAGCUGAUCGAUGAUGCCUUUUCCUUGUCGAAAAACAAUUAUAUUGAGAUUGAAACAGCACUUGAUUUAACCAAGUACCUUGCUGAAGAAGAUGAAAUCAUAGUAUGGUAUGCAGUCUUGGUGAACCUGGUAACCAAGGAUCUUGUUUUUGAUGUGAACAACUAUGAUAUGUACCCAUUAUUAAAGAAAUAUCUAUUAAAGAGACUUAUCUCAGUAUGGAAUAUGUAUUCAACUGUAAUUCGUGAAAAUGUGACAGCACUACAAGAUGACUAUUUAGCCCUAGUGGCUCUGGAAAAACUUUUUGAAACUGCAUGUUGGUUGGGCCUUGAAGACUGUCUUCAGCUGUCAAGAGAACUCUUCAAAAACUGGACGAACCAUCCAGAGAAUGAAAUACCUUAUCCAAUUAAAAGUGUAGUUUUAUGUUAUGGCAUUGCUUUUGGAAGUGAUGAAGAAUGGGACUUUUUGUUAAAUAUGUAUGCUAAUAAAACAAAGGAGGAAGAAAGGAUUCAACUCGCUUAUGCAAUGAGCUGCAGUAAAGACCCAUGGAUACUUCACAGAUAUCUGGAGUACGCCAUCAUGGCGGGUCCAUUCACUUUUAAUGAAACAAAUAUAAUGGAAGUUGUGGCGGAAUCCGAAGUAGGCCGCUACAUCGCGAAGGACUUUUUAAUCAACAAUUGGCAAGCUGUGAGUGUAAGGUAUGGGACACAAUCACUGGUUACUCUAAUGUGCAUAAUAGGGAGAACCAUAAAUACUGAUUUACAGAUCACAGAGCUGCAGCAGUUUUUCGGGAACAUGUUGGAAGAGCACCAAAGGCUCACGGUUCAUGCCAAAUUACAGACCAUAAAGAACAAAAAUCUAGAAAACAGGAAGCGCAACGCCAGGAUGACCGCAUGGCUCCGGAAAAACACGUAACGGAGUGGCCACUUCCGGCGCCCCUCAUGCCCGCCAUCAUGUAGUCUGUGCGGUUUUGUCCUCCAAUACUUUGUGAGUCUGGAAAACCUCAUGUGCUGUUGUUCAUGUGUCCUUCACAUUUACUCCUCGGAGUCCUUCCCGCUCCUCCCAUGGUGUCACGUCGGCCGUCAGGCUCAGGGACGGCUGAGGGUUUGGCCAGGGCUGCUGCGUCUCGGGGGGAGAUUUUUCAUUCACUUCGUGUUGGGCUGUAAAACCACAGAAUUUACUUUAACUGCCUUGUGAAAACAAGUUCACCUUAGAAAGUCUUGCUUGUUCUGUUGUGAGAGGCAGUGGGAUGUCAAAUCCGUUGGCCAAACGCGGACAUUCUUUUCUAAGGGAAAGAGAGAUUUGCAGCACUCCGGGGUUUGUCUGGUUGAAAAGCAUAAUGAGCAAAUAACACAGCAGCUUUAUAUAAAGGAACAGAAACCGAAGAACUAAUUGUCCCUAGCACUUAGCAAAGCCAAGGAAAGCUCGUUUUAAGAAGGAAGAGGUCAUUUUAUGAGCCGUGCUAAGUGCCUUAAAGGCAAGCGACGUGUCUUCUGCCCAUUGCCCUCUCCCUGCAGUGCCCCGUAGUCUUGUGUUUACAGUUUACAGGCUACUGAGCCUUUAUCUGUUACAAAAAGAGCCAGGAUCGAAGGAUCCAUGAAGUGCCCUUCGGAUGGCUGUUCUGGAAGCCGGAAUGAGAGGAAGGCUUUGCCCUGAAGCUGGAGGCUGUGUACUCACCUGUGGGCCAGACACUCGUCCGGCCAAAGUUUAUGUGCAAAAAUAAAGAUGUCAACAGACAGUAGCAAUUAGGGGCAGAUCUUCAGCAAUGAGGGAAGUGGCCAAAUACAGAGAAAUAGAACUAAAAGGCUAACCAGAGAAUAAGCUUUACGGCUUUGUCUUCAGGGGACUGAGUUUGAAAUGUGGUUUCAUCUGGCCAAAUCCAAUCUCCUGGUAGUUGGGAGAACUUUAGAAGCAUUCAUCAAUGACAGUGUAUGUAUGGAAUUAGCUUAGUUUCAUUACGCAGGAUUAACUCGGGACAGCUAAGGCAAAGCACCCGCCUCUAGAGUUUGUGUGUGUAUGAUUUGAUUCUGUGUUUCCACGUUGAUUUUGUUUGUGUAGAAUGGGGGUAAAACUACAGAUCUCUGAUCUACCUCAGAGUGAUGUAAAGAUGAAGGAAAAUGUCAGUUAAAUGCCUUUAAAAAUGUUGUAUGACCUCAAGGCGACGCGACCUAAGGUUUUUCUCUCUUGCUCGUUGCAAAUGAAAACGCAGAACCAAA